AUGGAAAACCACAUCUACUCCUCCUCCUACAGCCCUUCCACCAACUACCGAUUCCGCGACCCCGACCCCACCGCCAUGUUUCUUUCCCACCACCACCACCACGCCGCCGAAUCAACCGCCCUUCGCUUUCCAUCUUCCCUCACCGAUGACAUUGCCCCGCCCGGCGUCACCUCCCGCAUCACCUCCUCCGCAGCUGCCACCUACAUCUCCCCUUGGACGCCCGCCGCCUCCACCCUCGACCUCAAACGCUCCUCCGACGCUCUCUACCAUUCAACCAUUUUGGGUACAAUUGGGCAAAGUGAAGCUUGGUAUUCAACAAACUCACUGGCCAAGCGCCCUAGAUAUGAAAGUGCUUCCAAUAUGACUAUAUAUCCUCAGAGGCCCGGAGAGAAGGAUUGUGCCCACUAUAUGCUCACAAGAACCUGUAAGUUUGGAGAUAGCUGCAAGUUUGACCAUCCUAUUUGGGUUCCUGAGGGUGGAAUCCCGGAUUGGAAAGAGGUUCCAAAUGUUGUUACAAGUGAAGCUCCUCCUGAGAGACCAGGGGAACCAGAUUGUCCAUACUUUCUGAAAACUCAAAGAUGCAAGUUUGGUUCAAAGUGCAAAUUUAAUCAUCCCAAAAUUUCCUCUGAAAAUGAUGAUGAAUCUUCUGGCUUACCUGAGAGGCCAUCAGAACCCCCUUGCACGUUCUACAUGAAAACUGGAAAAUGUAAAUUUGGUGCUACUUGUAAAUUCCAUCACCCCAAGGAUAUUCAGAUUCAGUUGUCCGACGACUUGAGCCAUAGUGCUGGACAGACACAAACAAAUUAUAUGAUAGGAGGGGCAACCGGAGAUUCUCAGCCAAUUAAGUCUCUUAUAUCUCCAUCAUUGCAAAAUAGCAAAGGGCUUCCAGUAAGACUGGGGGAAGUGGAUUGUCCAUUCUACAUGAAAACUGGGAGUUGCAAGUAUGGUGCCACUUGUCGCUACAAUCAUCCUGACAGGAACGCAAUUAAUCCACCCAUUGCUGGAUUAGGCCCUUCUAUUUUGCCAUCCUCAGCUGCUAGUCUGAAUAUUGGACUUCUUAGUCCAGCUGUGUCUGUUUAUCAAGCUUUUGAUCCAAGGCUGUCAAGUCAAAUGUCUCAGGUGGGAAUUGCAGAAACUAUCUAUCCUCAGCGACCAGGCCAGAUUGAAUGUGAUUUUUACAUGAAAACUGGCGAGUGUAAAUUCGGGGAAAGAUGCAAGUAUCAUCACCCAAUUGAUCGAUCAGCACCAUCACUGUCAAAGCAGGCUUCUGUCAAGCUCACUCCUGCAGGAUUACCAAGAAGAGAGGGUGCUGUUAUCUGUCCAUAUUAUUUGAAAACUGGAACAUGCAAGUUUGGUGCAACGUGCAAGUUUGACCACCCACCACCUGGAGAAGUUAUGGAGAUGGCAAAAUCACAAGGAACAUCAGCCAAUGAAGGGGAAGCAGAAGACUAUUAA